UGACAUCCUUCAGCAGUGUUCGCCAAAGUUGGCGUCGUCCAGGUCGUAAGCCACCAAGUAUUUGGCGAUGCAGAUCAACGUCAUUGCUGCGUGCGCCCGAAAUCGCGUAAUUGGCAUCAAUGGCACGUUGCCGUGGAGCAUUCCACGGGAUUGGCAGUACUUUUUGGACAAGACGGAUGGCCGCACGUGCAUCAUGGGACGGAUCUCGGCCGAGGAAUACCCGACCAACGCAAACAGACCGGUCAUUCUCAUUUCCAAGUCAUGGCAUGCCAAAGGCAAGAGUGCACCGCACACGGAAGUCGCGACAAGCUAUAGCCAUGCACUCGACCUUGCAGCAGCGCGCAACCUCCCAGAAGUGUGGAUCUGUGGGGGCGCGACAAUCUACGAAGCGUCGCUCGCGUCCGCACACAAGCUCUUCCUCACUCGCGUCGAGUUGGACGUAGCAGGCGAUACGUUCUUUCCUCCGUGGCAACACUAUUUCGACGUGCUCGAGUCGCGCGACGAACACGACGACAACGGAACGAGAUUUGCGUUUGAAGUAUGGACCAAGUCCAAGCCGUCUGUGAUUUCACCCAGUGGGCCAACCAUUUCGAGUGCCGAGACUGUCGAGCCGCCCUUUGUCCUGUCGAGUGCCCAUGAAACGUAAUCAAAUGUCGCUGUUCACCUCAGUCAUUCGCAUGGUGGACGUGUCGCUGGAUUCAAUUGUCUGGUCGACUUGCAACCGGCCGCUCCUUCCACGAAGCCGUUGUCAAGUUUGUGCACCAACAGGUCGUGCACGACCUUUGGGCAAGCGCUACCGCGACGGUGACCAUGCUUGCUACCCUCCAGCAUGCUAAGCCCUUCGCGCGAGAUUGCGUGCGUCGUCGCUCGGGCACCCCCCGCAUCUCCGUCAAAGCGCACACACAAGUGAAGUAUGGAGCACGUUUCCAUCAAGUGAUCCACGCUUUGCGCGUUCGAUAACCUCGUUUAGGGAUGUCCAAAGUUGGUUCAUUUAAACGAGUAUUCCUUCCUUACUGCCAUGGAACGCCUGGAAUGUCUGAAUCAUUUG